AUGUCGGACUUGGACGAAGGUCUAGAGUUUGAAUUGAAGGGACUGAAGUUGGCUUCUAAGCAGAAUAAGCGAGAUGAAGAGCCUGCAGGUACAGGUGAAGAAACUGUAAACGAUGUAAGGACGACUGUGAGAGAACAGAAUGUGUUAGAUCAGACUUCCGAAGAGCAAACGACUGAGCAUCAGGCGUUUAGCGAUGAUUCUGUACCGUUAGAAGCCGCAAAAGCAGAUGGGAAAGCUAAAGAGGAAGAGGCUUUUGAGACUCUGGGAUUACCAGAAGAAGCUGAUCCUGAAUUAGAUUCAGACUCGGAAGAAGAGGGCUGGAAAGAGAUGGAAGCUAUUGCUUCUUUUAAUGUUUAUAAUGACAAAGGCGAACUAGAACUCAGAACGUAUCAGACACAGACCGCACAUACGUCUUCGCAAGAGGCACUUCCAGGAAGUGCGAGUCGUAAUACGGCUAGCCCAAAUGGCACGUUUGGCUACACUAAGAUAGCCGCGGAGGAACAGGCUCAGAGGUCGCAGAGGACUAACAGGAAAACCGACUUUUUGUUCGAUCGCAAGGCCUUAAAGCAACUGGGCAACGCCGAUGCUUCUGCCGGAAGCAGCGUUUCGGCCUUAUCAAUCCCAUCCGAUGACGAAAAAGAGAAAGAGCUCUAUGACGAGUUUGAAGAGGACGUUGAACCUAUGAGCGAUGUUAAUGCAGACAGCCAGCUGAACGUUACCAAAAAUUUGUUAGGAGAGAUGGAGAAAUAUGCUUAUGUGGGAGCUGUUAGUGUACUAGCCAACCAAAUGUGUACGGAGCUGGCAGAACUUUGUCUGUGCGUGGACAUCAAAUCUCACCGUAAACUAGCUCAAAGAUUGCAAUUUGUUCAAAGAGACACUGCUCAAUGGAAAAGUUAUGUUCUGAGUAGCUUGUAUGAGCAUUUGCAAAUUUCGGAGCAAGAGGUUCGCAUGAUUGAGAAAUUGUCAAUGCAUGGCGUGCGACUUGAAGAUUUGUGCAGGUGUUUGAGGACCACACAAGAUAUCGAAAACCCAUUUGGUGAUGUCUCUAAAAAUGAUGGUAAGGAACACGACGAGGAGAAUUUUACUGCUGGAGAUGAAGAUGAAGCUGGCGCUGGAGCUGUUGAUAAGAGCAGCGAUGACGAAGCCGUAAAUAAGGAAACCACUGUUUCCAAUGAACACUUAUGUCCCAAGAAAGUUGUCGCUCCAGAAAAUGUAAGAGAUAAAGAACAUAUCAAGGUUGAUGUCGCUUGGACAAUUAUAUGUGACCUCUUUUUGAUCUUGCUCCGGGAUGCUUGCUACGACGCUCGAUCUAGGACUUUGCUUCAAAAGUUUGCUAAUAUACUCAACGUAUCGAACUUGGAGAUCUGUGAGUUUGAAAGGCGUGUCACCAAUUAUCUUGAUAUGGAGCAGUCGACUGAGAAUCAGGAAUGGAACGAAGUGAAACACAUGAAAGAAAGGCGGAGGAAAAGAAGGAAGAAGAAAAUGUGUUAUGUGGGACUUGCAAUGGUUGGUGGCUCCCUGAUCUUGGGUUUAAGUGGUGGAUUGUUGGCACCCGUAAUCGGUGCAGGAAUAGCUGCUGGUCUUUCGACGAUCGGCAUAGGUGGAGCCACGGGCUUUCUGACAGGUGCAGGGGGAACAGCCGUGGUCGCACUUACUAGCACAGCGAUCGGAGGGAAUAUUGGAGCAAAAGGCAUGAGGAGAAGAAUGGGCAGUGUCAGAACGUUUGAAUUUCGCCCGCUGCAUAAUAAUCGUCAACUCAAUUUGAUAAUCAGCGUGUCGGGCUGGAUGAUUGGCAAUGAUGAUGAUGUACGUCUGCCUUACUCCACCGUCGAUCCGGUGGAGGGUGACUUAUAUGCUUUGCAUUGGGAACCAGAAAUGCUGAAAUCCAUAGGUCAAACAAUCAAUAUUGUAGCCAAUGAGCUUUUCACCCAAGCAGUGCAGCAAGUCCUGGGGGCAACAAUUCUAACAGCUUUUAUUUCAGCUAUCCAAUGGCCUAUGGGCUUGUCAAAACUUGGCUAUAUCUUGGAUAAUCCCUGGAGUGUCUCUCUGGAUCGAGCGUGGGCGGCUGGUCUCAUUUUGGCCGACACACUCAUGUCGAGAAAUUUAGGCCAACGCCCAGUUACACUCAUGGGCUUUUCUCUUGGGUCGAGGGUCAUUUUCUCCUGCCUUGUUGAAUUGAGUCGAAAGAAAGCACUAGGGCUUGUUGAGAACGUAUUCAUAUUUGGUACUCCCGUAGUCAAGAAGAAAGAGCAUUUGGUGAUGGCACGAUCCGCUGUGAGCGGAAGAUUUGUGAAUGCUUUUUCGGGUAGGGACUGGAUGCUUGCUUAUUUGUUUCGUGCUGCUGCAGGGGGAUUUAGUAAAGUUAUGGGGAUUGCCCCAAUUGAGAACAUUGAGGGCAUGGAAAACUUCGAUUGUACUGAGAUUGUGGAUGGCCAUUUAGCUUACCGUAAAAACAUGCCUAAGUUACUAAAGAAGCUUGGCAUAGAGGUUGUCAGUGAGGAGUUUGUUGAGAUUGAAGAAACGGUAGAUCCCGAGCAGCUGAAACGUAAAAGGCAGCUAAUUCAUGACGUCGAUGCUGCUCAUAAGAAAUUGCAGGAAAAGAAGAAGGAUAACGGAUGGAUGCCAAAAUGGUUAAAACCCAAAAAGUCCAAAUGGCGUUCAAUGGUAGAAGACGCAGUGGAGGAAGGAGCAUCGCUCGAAACAGUGGAAUCAGAUGUCCGAAAAGUUGAGGAGGAUAAACCGAAGAAGAAAGACAAUGCUUUGGUUGACCACGGAGCACUAAUGCGAGAAUUGCAGAAAAUAAAGGCUGCACUCAGAGAGGAACAGCUGCAGUCACAAAUUAGUACAGACGGGGAAGUGAUGCAGAAUUCCAGCUCUACGAAGGAGACAGCAGUUGAAGGAAUUAAGGGAUCACCGUCUGCCACAACACCUCAAAGCCCUAACAAUUUCCAACUACUGAGUGCUGGUAGACCAAUCCUCCCUGAGGACGAUGAAGUCUAUGGGCAAAAGAAAGACAUCGUCUUCAAUUUUUCGGAUGACUUUUAG